CUUUCCUUCGCCCCUUCACUCAGCAUAAGAAAAUCCCAACUCUCUCCUGUAGACCAAAAUGGAUGGAAAGAAAGAAAACCAAGGAAGUGGUAAUAGCAAAGGCAUAGCGGUGGGACCAUGGGGUGGGAAUGGUGGGAACAGUUGGGACGAUGGGGCCUACAGCGGUGUUAGAGAAAUCACGCUUUUUUAUGAUCGCUGCAUCGAUUCAAUACGUGUGGUAUACGAUAAAAAUGGUAAACCCGUCGCAGCAGAAAAACAUGGAGGCAUCGGAGGCUCUCGAACCGCUGAAAUUAAAUUAAAUUACCCAGAGGAGUACUUAGUGAGUGUGAGUGGGUACUACUGUCCAGUGGUGCAUGGAGGUAGUCCAGUAAUCCGAUCGCUGACAUUGAAGAGCAACAAGAGAACAUUCGGACCGUAUGGAGUUGAAGAGGGCACGCCAUUCAGUUUUCCAAUUCAAGGAGGUCUCAUAGUUGGGUUCAAGGGAAGAAACGGUUGGUAUUUAGAUGCAAUUGGGUUCCACAUUGUAUCUCAUGCCCAAUCUACAAAACUCAUCGAGAGGGUUCAAAAGGGUUUUAGAAGGCUCGCUAGCACUGCCUCCUCAAAGCCUUCGCUGACAAGUACAGCCACUAAAAAUAUUUGAAGAUGGUGCUUUGAGUUUGAUUUUCGCAUAGACAUGGAAAGUAUUACCUAUUAUGUAUACAAAACAAAUUAUUGUG